UCCGAAGGAAAAAGACAGUCACUGUUCAACCUUAAGAAAAGCCAAAAACCAGAAACCAACCAAACACACCGUUCACUUUUGUUGUCACACUCUUCCAUUUCACCAUCACACACUGUUCACUGUCUCUCAUACCCCCAACAAGUUUCACUCCCAUAGAUUCACACAAACAAUACUUCUUCUCAAUCUCAAUUUCAUGUUUUCAUCUCUUCUUUCCCCAACUGAGUGCCGACACUCGUCUACUUCGUUUUUCUUUCUAAUCGACAAAGGCUUUAUCUUUGGGUUGAAUCGGUGAGCCAAUAGGGAGAGAGGAGUGGAAUGCAGAGGCGCAAGUGGAUUCCGUUGGCGCUGCUGAGAAAGUUGCUCAUUUCAGCCAUAGCCUGCAUAGCGUUUGUGGCUCUCUUCUCUGUGCGCAUACACAUUGUCCCUUCCUCUAAGGAUCAAAGGUUCAACGACAAGAUCUCCACGGCUCAGGAUCUGCACAGCUGGACGCGGGAGCUCGCACCGCCACAUUUGUCCAAAGCUCCACUUUCUACUCCCAAGUUGAGUGGUACAAGAGGGUACUUAGAUUAUCAGAAGUUGUGGAAGCCUCCAUCAAAUCGUGGGUUUUUUCCGUGCACAAAUCCCACACCUAAAUACACUACUCCCACAGAGUCGCGAGGAUAUCUUUUAGUACACACAAAUGGUGGGCUCAACCAAAUGCGUUCUGGGAUAUGUGAUAUGGUAGCAGUGGCUCGUAUAAUAAAUGCCACUCUUGUAAUUCCAGAACUUGAUAAAAGAUCAUUUUGGCAAGAUACUAGCAAUUUCUCUGAUGUUUUUGAUGAAGAGCAUUUUAUGAAUUCUCUAGCCAAUGAUGUAAAAAUCAUUAAAAAAUUCCCUAACGAUCUGGUUAAUGAAACCAAAGUGGUCAAACAAUUCAUAAGCUGGUCUGGCAUGGAUUACUACGAGAAUGAGAUUGCUAGCUUGUGGGAAGAAUACCAAGUUAUUCGAGCUUCCAAAUCUGAUUCACGAUUAGCAAACAACAAUCUACCUCCAGACAUUCAGAAGCUUCGAUGCCGGGCUUGUUAUGAAGCACUUCGCUUCUCUCCUCACAUUGAACAACUGGGAAAAUUGUUGGUGGAGAGGAUGAGGUCAUUUGGUCCUUACAUUGCGCUGCACUUGCGUUACGAGAAGGAUAUGCUUGCAUUUAGUGGCUGCACCCAUGAUUUAUCUCUUGUUGAAGCUGAAGAGCUACGGAUGAUCAGGGAGAACAUUUCCUAUUGGAAAAUAAAGGAGAUUGAUCCAAUAGAACAGAGGUCCAAAGGGCUUUGCCCCUUAACUCCAAAGGAAGUUGGGAUUUUUCUUACUGCUCUUGGAUACCCAUCAACAACUCCGAUAUAUAUUGCUGCUGGAGAGAUAUAUGGGGGCGAGUCCCACAUGGCUGAAUUGCGUUCCCGGUAUCCAUUGUUGAUGAGCAAGGAAAAGUUAGCAUCUAUAGAAGAGCUUGAACCUUUUUCCAAUCAUGCAUCCCAAAUGGCCGCUCUUGACUAUAUUGUAUCUAUUGAAAGUGAUGUAUUCAUAGCUUCUUAUUCUGGAAACAUGGCAAAAGCUGUUGAGGGUCAUCGUCGUUUUCUUGGACGUGGAAGAACAAUAUCUCCAGACAAGAAAGCCCUCGUUCGCCUGUUUGAUAAACUGGAUCAGGGACUAAUGGCGGAGGGGAAGAAACUAUCAAAUAGGAUUAUUGAUCUCCACAGAAGACGACUUGGUUCUCCCAGAAAGAGAAAAGGGCCAAUUUCUGGGACAAAGGGCAUGGAAAGGUUCCGGUCAGAAGAAACCUUUUAUGCAAAUCCCUUACCUGAUUGUUUAUGCCGGACAGAACCACCACCACCACCACUAAACACCUCUCACAUUGUUUGAUUGAUGAAAUACUGAACUUUUUCCAUGGAAAUACCCCUUGGUGAAAAAGGGUGGCACGUGAGUUUGAGCAUAAGAUGAAGAUCUGAUGUGCAUCUUGAAGGCAUGGAGUGUAUAUACCGGUAUUACUGUUACACUGAUCCUUUAAUUGGGGGCUGGGAAUAAAGGAGGUGAAAAAGAAGGGAAAAGAAAACCCAUAUUAGGGUUUUGAUAUAAAUAAUUAGAUUGGGAUGAGUGUUUAUAGGGUGAGAUGAAGAAUUUAGAUCACUGGAUUCAUUGAACAUUACUUGAUUAUAAAGGGAGGUAGAUCACACAUGGCCAAGGAUUCUAUAACCUGUUAUUGUAAUUAUUCUUCACUAAUCUCAUGAUUUAACAUUUUUUAA